AUGUAUAAAAUAAUCUAAAAACUAGGUGAUGGUGUUUUUGGUAGUGUUACAAAAGCCCUUGAUGAGAGAACUCAUGAAUUUGUUGCUAUCAAAUCAUAUCGAGACAACUCCAUCAAAGACGAAUCCAAAAUUAAGGAAAUCCAAAUACUCAAAAAACUAAAUCAUCCAAACAUCAUAAAACUCAGGGAUGUCAUCAAAUAAAACAAAACAAUUGCCAUCGUACUUGAUUUUUCAGAACGAAACCUACUUUAAUAUUAUAAAUCUGUAAAGGAAAAGAAUAGAACUCUGUGUGAAUAGCAAAUUUAAAGUAUUGUGUACUAAAUUGCUUGUGCUUUAAAUUAUUUGCAUAGUCAAGGCUAUUUACAUCGGUAUGACAAUUGAGUAAUAGUAGAGAUUUAAAACCAGAAAACAUUAUGAUUUAAGACAAUGGCAUAGUCAAGUUAAUCGACUUUGGAUAAGUUACAUAUUAAAAUGAGAUACAUACUGAUUAUGUUUCCACUCGAUGGUAUCGGGUAUGUUAUAAUAUUGAUUGAUUUAGUCUCCAGAACAAAUCAAGUAAGAAAUAUACAACCAAGAAGUAGAUAUUUGGGCCCUAGGUUGCAUUCUUGCAGAAUUGUAUCUAUUGAACCCAUUAAUACCUGGAACUACGGAAAUUGAUUAGCUUUAUUAGAUCAAAAAUCUCAAUCUAAACCAACACCAGAAACUUAUUCCUUAGCAACCCUUGAAUCUAAUUAAAAGUAUGCUUGAAGAGGAUCCACACUAAAGAAUAACUGCAGUAGAGAUUUUACAAUCAAAUUGGUUAUCUCAGCCAUUCAAAUUUUUACCAAAAGAGUUGGAAUUGAAAGAUGAUACUAAAUACCUGAUAAGUCCUCAGUAGACUCCUGCAAAGGCUAUAUAGGUGUUUGGAAGGCAAGAAAAUAAUAAUCAAAAUCAUGUAAGUCACCAUACCAAACCAAACUUCAACUUUGCUUCUUCUUAAAACGCAGUUUCUAAUAAUGUUGACGACGACUUAGAUUGUGGGUAUGUACCUUCUUAUGCCUCCUCCUUAUAAGGCACAAGUAAAAAGAGAUAAGUAAGAUUAUAAACUGAUGAAUAAUAAAACUCAUAACGAUAAUUGUCAGAUCUUUAAUAACAAUACCAAAUAGUGAGCACAAAUAAUUAAUCAUAGCAAAAUACUAAAAACUAUUAUUCAAAACCGUAUAUAUUUUGAUUAUUUUUUGUUAGAUUAUUAAACUCCUAGAAAAAAUUUGGAAAUCAAGCAGAGAUUUAUUGA